AUGGCGAAGAUCAAUUGGAUUGUCCUGUGUGUAUAUUUGCUCCCGAGCCAGCUCGACGCCGGGCUCACCGAGGAGCUGGUCAGACUCGCCAAAGGACCGAUUCAGGAGGCCUUUGAGAGCGGCGCGGCUAAUGAUUUGAAGAAUGAAGAUUGUAUCUGGAGACGCGGGUAUGAUACUGAUGAUUGUCCUGAUCCGGAUGUGCAUAUCUAUUUGUACACUCCGGGAAAACCGAGGAGGGAACUUGUCCAUGGGUCUUCAGACUGGCUGAGGAGGAGAUGACACCUUACCAAUCUCAGUCUUAAGAGACGCUUAUAUGAAAAACGGAAGCUACAACGUCUUCCUAGUAGACUGGGGCAAGUUAUCAGCAGCUCCAUGCUACCCAGCAUCAGUAGCAAACCUGCGACCAGUAGCCCGGUGUCUAUCCUUAUCAUUAACCAACCUUCGGCACCUGGGGAUGCCCAUCGCCCGUACAACCUGCGUAGGCCACUCUCUAGGCGCGCACCUCUGCGGUAUAAUGGCCAACUACCUGCUCUUCAGGAUGCACCGGAUAGUAGGCUUGGACCCGGCUCGUCCUCUGGUGCGUCCUGGCCUGGGCAACCGACUAGAUAGCGGCGACGCGGACUUCGUCGAGGUGAUCCACACCAACGCCGGGUACUACGGCGAAAUCGGGCGGGUUGGACACGUUGACGUCUGCGUUAACGGAGGUAAGGUCCAGCCGUUUUGCGAGGACAAGCAGAACCACCAAUUGUGCAGCCAUGUCUGGGUAGUUUGUUACAUGGCUCAGAGCAUCGACGGAGACAGGCCUCUGGUCGCCGAGCCUUGCUCCAGGAGGUGUCCGUCUGGUCCGAGAAUCACUGUGAGACAGGGACAGGAUCUUCUUGUUGGGCAGCACACUCCUUCUGGGUCCAAGGGGUCUUUUUGCUUGACCAGCUAUGACCCUCCUUACUGUCCCAAGUUUUCU